AUGAUAACAGAGGAAGAACAAGAUAAACUUGAUGAAGAUGAAAAUAACCAUUCACAGGUUGAAGAAGAAAAGAAGCACAAAAGUAGUGAAGUGGAAGUAUCAGACAAUGUAUGCGAUGCUGCCGAAGAGAGUGGACUGAUUCAGCAGAGAAGGAGUGGAGGAAACAGCAAUCAGGAGUUUCCUGCUAUGCAGAAUGAAGUUUCUUAUAGUAGCGAUCCUGGUGUGCACAGGAAGGACGUAAAGAAAAAGAACAAUGGCAAAUGGACACCAGGAGGAUGUGUGAUUGCACCAAUAUUUGAAAAGACCGAUUCGCUGACCGGUGGUCUGCUGCACGUGAAUGAUGACAGCAUUUUGAAGGAAGUGGCUCAGAGUGAUGACAGAUUUUGGUAG